ACGCUCCCAGCACUGGCGGGGCAAACACUGAUACACCAAGCACCGAUGCACAAGGCGCUGACGCACCUAGCACUAAUGCUCCAAGCAGUGAUUCACCAAACAGUGACGCUCCCAGCACUGAUGCAACUAUCACUGACGAACCAGGUCAGAAAAUGUCGGGUGGAAGACGACGAUUACUGUCUGUCAUGCAGCCUAGAGAAGAUGCAGCAUCAGAAGCUGAACCUCAAUGUAUUCAAGUGUCUUACGAAGAAAAUGGUGCGACGAACGUUAUUCGAGAUUGCUACUAUCCACCUGAGGAAGACGAUGACUCUGGAAGUUCUAACAAUCAGUGUAAGACUUUGGUAGGAAACAAUGGCAAUGUCACUACCUGUAAAGUCUGCACUGGUGAUCUCUGCAACGCAUCCGUCAAAACUACUGGGACGAUUGGUUUACUCGUGGCCUGCUUGGUAUCAACUUUGAACUUCUGCUAUAGAUUGUAAUACGGCUAGAUAGAACUGAAGUAUGGUGGAAGCUGCUCUAGUCUAGAUUGAAGUUCUGAAUGAAGUGAAAUAAUUGCCACUUAGCAAUUUUUUAGUCUAGUGUAGUUUUGUAAAUUAACGGAGUUCAAAGUUUAAUAUUGGAUACAAUUGGAUUGGAUUAUCUAAUCUAUCUAGGUAUCUAUCCAGGCUAGUAGCUUAGUUAUUUCAUAGGUAGUGUUAGGGUUGUUUAAGGCGACGAAUUGGUAAACAAUAAUUCCAUAACCGGCACGCGCAUCUAGGGCGCCAAGAGGGGACGGAGCGUCUG